CAGAUAUGGCAUACAUGGAGUGUUUGGGUAACUUCUUUUUUAGGACCUUCGGUGCCAGCCUCGUCACUGUCACCGAUCUUUCGCUUCGAUCGUACCAAAACGAUAUCUGUUGCGACCCGUGCGGUGCGGUGCUUUCGGUCCGCCGGUCGGACCUCGACCUGUGCCAGCACUCUCGCAUGACCUCUGCAGUCAUUGGCUGUCAGCGCAAGAGGCAUAGCCGGCUUUGUCAUCAAUCGAAGCAUCGCUGCAUCGAAUCAACAUGUUCCGUCUUGCUGUUCUUGGUGCAUUGGGAGGCGCCUCAGCGUCGGGUAUGUGCGGACCCAAAGAGCCUCCACUUCCUGGCAUCAUGGGUGGCAAGGACAAGCCGAAGAUCAUCCUUGGCCAGGACAUCGACUGGCCACCUUAUGCCUAUUUGGGCGUUCCACCCGAGAGUGACUUCGACGUCGCAGGGAUCGGUCACGACAUCGCACACGGUUUGAAGGAGGUUUGUGACAUUGACAUCAUCACUGCAGAGAUGCGCUGGGGGGACUGCUGGGACAAUGGCGCCAUCGGCGCCGGUCUGGCGGCCGGCGAGGUCCACGGCUGCAUGACUUACACCCACACCCACGGCGCUCGUACACGUUGGAUGGAGUUCUCCGAUGGCAUUUUGUCCAACAACAAGCCCGCAGGCCUUAUUGUUCGCCUGGAUGCCAAUGGCAACCCGAUGUAUAACGGUGCCAGUGACCUGAACGGACUCAAAGUGGUGGACGUGGUGGGCUGGGCCCCAACAGCGGACACCCUGGCCUUGGUGGAGAACAAGUGCACCAAGAGCCGCUUCACCGGCUUCACCAUUGUCAAUCCCACCGUGAGCACAGGGAACGCCAACCAAGACGCCCUGACGACACUGAUGAACGGCGAUGCAGAUGCGAUGUGGGUCUAUGCCGAUCAGGCCAAGAACUACCAGUGCACCGACGGCAUGACACCCAAUUGGGAUUGCACCAUGUGGGCCGGCUUCGGCACCACCUUCGCCUACAUCCAGACAGGUCUCUUUGGCCAUGCGAAGGGAGGCACCACUUUGGCCAUGUCUAAGAAAGGCUCUGGGCUGGCCUCCAUCUUGAACCCCUGCAUUGCGUUGUUCAAAGAGACCAAGUCUUACUAUGACAUUUGCGUGAAGCACGACAUGGUCGCCAGUUGCUUCCAGAACUCCCACUUCCCUGCCGGCGACAAUACAACCUUGGUCUAUGAGACGCCCACGGAUCAGCUGACCACUACAUGUGCUCAGGGAUACUGCCCCUGCCCGGCGGUCUGAGUUUCACAGACACCACACGACACUGCUGAAUCCAUUCCGGAUGGGGGUUCCCAGAAUGCCGCACCCAGCUUGCCGCACCAGCGCGCUUAUGUGACACAACCAGAAUGCCGCACGUUAGCAUACGCUCGCACCGCAUGGUGGAC